AUGGCUAAGAGUGACAGUGUGUACAGAGAACGAAGAGAAACCCUGCUGAAGGCAUGUGAAGGCAAUAUCAGCGAGUACAGAUGGAAUAAUUUAAUCAGCAACAGACUGUGGGUGGAUGAGAAACAUAGGCUGUUGUAUUGUCCCAUUGCUAAAGUCGCCUCGUCGUUCUGGAAAAGGGUGUUCCAGGUGUCGUCGGGGACGAAAACUGGACGAAAUUAUCGGAAGAACCCAGACAAACUGUCACUUUCCUGUGGGCACAACGUCACGUUUCCUGAAUUUAUUAAACAUGUCAUCCGUACUGUGCAGACAAAAUCUGGUAUUGACACGCACUGGAUGCCCAUGUUCAUGCAAUGUUCUCCUUGUGAGGUGGAAUAUGACCUCAUCGGUAAGUUGGAAACAACUUCUCAGGACCUUAACUACAUUAUGGAGAAGUACAUUGGUGAUGAUAUAAUUUUUCGUGAUAUGGAAAGUGAAAGCGAGGUAGACCGUCUUGAGAAGAACGUGUAUGGUCUCUACGGUCGGUAAAACUCACAUGCGCAGAACUGCAUGUCUUUACCAGAAACACUGCUGAGACUUCUACGAAAAGAACAGAUGCGCGGACUCCUAAAUAAAUCUGUUGAAUUUCCAGAUUGGUUCAGCCAUGAUAAAUCAAUUUCCAAGGAAGAAGUGAAAACGUUUAUGUCAUUUGAUGCAACACUUUACAAACCAGACUUUGACAUAUUUGGUUACGAUCCGCAUCCCGCUGAGCUGUUUGGGGAAAAUAUGAGAAAACGGAAAAUGAGGAAAGUCUACUUUCCUUGAGUUGACAAUUAUUGGGACAGCUGACCAUGAGUAUUUAGACUGUACACACUGUUUCUUUCGGAAAAGCAUUAGUCAAGAAGAUAUUGAAGUGGUCAGAUACAUCUGUUAAAAUAUACAGGAGAAAUUGCGUUGAGCAUGCAAGUUUGUGAAGAUGUUAUCUAUAAGGGUAGCGGAGCAAGAACAUACUCGACUAGGUUUUGUAAUGGAAGGG